UUUCAAGCGCGCAAAGUCACAUCUGCGUAGGAGAGCGCUUGGCGCACUUCUUCCCCAAAGGACAGAGACAGAAAUCUCCAUUCUCCUGUUUGGAUUUAAGCCGGACGACCAGCUGAAUGGGUGACCCCGCUGAGACGCAGACGACCACCACACCGCGCUCUCUGUACGGAAACGUGUUUUCUCCAUUGACCCGGAGUUGUGAUGUCCAGAGCCUUCCCCACUGACUGACAGACGGAGCCGUACCAUUUUGGAAAUCCACUUGAAGGCUGAGAGGACGGGGGGAAGAUGAGACCUCCCAGCCCUCUGCUCGUCCUGCUGUACAUCACCCUAUCCAAGAGUGUGAAGGUGGUCUCCAAGAGAGGCUCAGUGGAUGGCUGUACGGACUGGUCGGUGGACUACCUGAAGUACAAGGUGCUCCAGGGCGAGCCGGUGCGGCUGAAGUGCGCUCUGUUCUACGGUUACAUCCGGGCCAACUACAGCCAGGCGCAGAGCGUGGGCCUCAGCCUCAUGUGGUACCGCAGCUCCGGCCUGGGCCACAGCGACUUCGAGGAGCCCAUCUCCUUCGACGGCGUGCGCAUGAGCAAGGAGGAGGACGCCAUCUGGUUCAGACCUGCCGACCUUCAGGAUGUGGGCCUGUACUCCUGCGUGUUACGGAACUCCACAUACUGCAUGAAGGUGUCCAUGUCUCUGACUGUGGCGGAGAAUGACACCAACCUGUGCUACAACUCCAACAUGAGGCUGACCGAGAAGGCGGAGCUCAGCAAGAGCAAAGACAUCAUCUGUCCCGACAUCGACGACUACGUGGAGCCCGGCAAAGAGCCGGACAUCACCUGGUUCAAGGAGUGCCGUCCCAAGCAGUGGCGCGCCAGCAUCAUCCAGACGAGAGACACCCUGUCCAUCCAGGAGGUGAAGGAAGACGACAUUGGGAAUUACACCUGCGAAGUCCAGUUCGGCGGCUUUGUGGUCAGAAGGACGACUGAACUCACCGUCACCGCUCCCCUGACCGACAAGCCUGCGAAGAUCCUGUUUCCCUCCGAAAACAAGAUCAGCAACAUGGAGCUGCAGCUCGGAAGCGCCCUGAACGUCACCUGCCGGGCGUUCUUCGGCUACGGCGGAGACGUCAGCCCGCUCAUCUACUGGAUGAAGGGCGAGAAGUUCAUAGAGGACCUGGACGAGGAGCGAGUCCAGGAGUCCGACAUCAAGGUUGUCAAGGAGCAUCUUGGUGAAAAGGAGGUGGCCAUAUCUUUAACGAUCGACUCUCUGGAGGAGGAGGACCUGGGAAAUUACACGUGUUAUGUGGAAAACGCUAUUGGCCGUCGCCAGGCCACCAUCCAGCUGUUCCGACGGGAGCUCAUGUACACCGUGGAGCUGGCAGGAGGGUUGGGAGCGAUCCUGCUGCUUCUCAUCUUUCUCAUCUCCCUCUACAAAUGCUACAAGAUUGAGCUGAUGCUUUUCUAUAGGAGGCACUUUGGCAGCGAGGAUGUGGAUGGAGAAAAUAAAGACUACGAUGCGUAUCUGUCCUACACCAAAGUGGACCCAGACCAGUGGAGCCAGGAGACCCGGGAGGAGGAGCGCUUCGCCCUGGAGAUCCUCCCCGACGUGCUGGAGAAGCACUACGGAUACAAGCUCUUCAUCCCCGAUCGAGACCUCAUUCCAACUGGAAGUCUGACCAAUGAGCAUUACCAGGAAGACACGCGGCUCUUUGGAGCCUACAUCGAGGACGUGGCCCGCUGCGUGGACCAGAGCAAGCGCCUCAUCAUCGUCAUGACGCCCAACUACGUGGUGCGGCGCGGCUGGAGCAUCUUCGAGCUGGAGACGCGGCUGCGCAACAUGCUGGUGACCGGCGAGAUCAAGGUCAUCCUCAUCGAGUGCGCCGAGCUGCGCGGCAUCAUGAACUACCAGGAGGUGGAGGCGCUGAAGCACACCAUCAAGACGCUGACCGUCAUCAAGUGGCGCGGGCCCAAGAGCAACAAGCUCAGCUCCAAGUUCUGGAAGCAGCUGCAGUACGAGAUGCCGUUCCGGCGCACGGAGCCCAUGCUCACGCACGAGCCGGCGCUGGACGUCAGCGAGCAGGGCCCCUUCGGCGAGCUGCAGACCGUCUCCGCCAUCUCCAUGGCGGCGGCCACCUCCACCGCCAUGGCCACCGCCCACCCGGAGCUGCGCUCGUCCUUCCACAACACCUACCACACCACCAUGAGGCAGAAACACUACUACCGCAGCUACGAGUACGACCUGCCCCCCGGGGGGACCCUGCCGCCGCUGUCCUCCCUGGGGAACCAGCACACCUACUGCAACAUCCCCCUGACUCUGCUGAACGGCCAGCGGCCGCCGGGGAAGAGCCGGGAGCACAGCCUGGAGGAGGCGCACGCCAACAACGCCAUGCUGCCGCUGCUGCCCCGCGAGACCAGCAUCUCCAGCGUCAUCUGGUAAGGCCCGCAGCCCGGCGCCGGCUUCAGGGGGGUCGGACCGGGUCCGUCUCGGCCCGCUUGGUUCCGAGGAACACGUUAGAGGCCGCCACGACGGCGGCGGCGGCGGAUCCAUCUGGCUCCGGCCGACGUUGAACUGACAGCGAGUGGCGGCCGGCCGGUGGACACGCUUUCUCCUGUUUUUCAAGUGGACUGCGUCCCCGUCGCACGGGACGUCUUCUGUGUGGGACUGACCGGGGACAGAAACGAAAACACACACCGCUUCAUCGAUUGGCCCGAGAACAGAGACUCGCCGGGACUCCGGAACACUCACCGUCUGCAAUCCACGCACACACACGCAUACGUCAACACACGCAAACGUGCAUACAUACAAACAAAAGGAAAACAGGGUCUGUACAUAUGUUUGGAUUUCUUUGUAGCAUCAGUGUUUUCCUGUUCCGUUCUUCUGUUUGUUUUCUUCGAUCAUGUCCGUUGCCUUCUCUACUGUAGGACUUUGCUUUGACUUGUUAUACAGAGUUGUAUAUUUUCGUUUUCUUAUGUUUUUGGUUCAUUUUCUUUGUUUAUUCUCAUUUUAACACGCUUGUUUCAGAAAGCCAGUAUGUCACGUACCUGCGCUGUUCUCUUUUUUUUUUUUUUUUUGUUUCUCUGUUUGUUUUAUCAAUCUUUGUGUAGUUUAAGAGAACAUUUUGUUUAAAAAAAAAAAAAAAAAAAACCUUUUGAAAAUUGCCUGGACAUUUCAGGAGCUUUGAGGGGCUGAAACUUGUUUUUGUUUACCUGUAAAAGGUGUAUCUAGUUUAAAAGGAAAACUCACUUUGG